CCCCAGCCCCGGGACAGUCUCCGGGGCAGCGGGAGCUGUGUUUUGGGAGCCGUGUUUGGUCCCCCCGCUCCCGACGGGAAGGUGACUCUUCCCCCCCCGCAUGCUGCUGCCAGAUGAGGACAGCCUGUCCGGGGACGCCGGCGACCUGAAGGUGCCCCCCUCCCAGAUCAAGAGGAAGAAACGCCGGCACAGGACGGUGUUCACAGCUCACCAGCUGGAGGAGCUGGAGAAGGCUUUCAACGAAGCCCACUACCCCGACGUCUACGCCAGGGAGAUGCUGGCCGUGAAGACGGAGCUGCCAGAGGACAGGAUACAGGUUUGGUUUCAGAACCGAAGAGCCAAGUGGCGGAAGCGGGAGAAGUGCUGGGGCCGGAGCAGCGUGAUGGCCGAGUACGGCCUCUAUGGGGCCAUGGUGAGGCACUCCAUCCCUCUGCCUGAGUCCAUCAUCAACUCUGCCAAGAGUGGGCUGGUGGGAUCCUGUGCCCCAUGGCUGCUAGGCAUGCACAAAAAGUCCAUGGAGGUGAGCAGGAAGGCGGAGAUCCAAGAGAAGCUGGCAGAUGGCUGGCAAACGGAGCAGGAGGAGGAAGAGGAACUCAGAGUGAAGCAGGCCAGUUCCCAGAGGGGCUCUGACAAGCUUGGCCCUGCAAAAGAUGCGGAGGAUACGGCAAUUGACCUUUCCAGGACAGCCAAGCACGAGAAGAGGGGUAUACUGAGGCAGUGCAUCAAUGGGGACCCACCCACGGAGCAGAAGGACAGGGACCACUGAGCUCUUCCCCAGAGGAGGCCAGACCUCACAGCUUCCUGGGCGAGAUAAUAAUAUUUAUUGAUUUAUUGAUAUAUAUUUUUCUUAAAUAAUUGAACUUUUAUCUGAAUUCAGGGCAUUUUACAACUGGGCACACGCAUCCCCUUGUUCCCUCACUUUCAAGCUGUUCAUUUCUCAGCAGAGCCAGCGUGGAGGGUGGGAGAGGUGUCCUCAACAGGGCCAAGAGCAGCAUGAAAAUGGGACCACACUGUGGUCAGCAUGGACUGCUGCUGGAGAAGAGCUGCCCUCCCCCCUGGGCUGUGAACACUUCCCCGGCUAGCCAGGAGCACAAAGAGCAGCAAUGAAAUGGGAGUCGCUCCCUUCUCAAACGCUCGGGUGCAAAGACGGUGCAGGAGUUUACAGAUGCCUUUGCCAAGCGCUUGCACCCCUGCACAGCACCCGUGUGGCAAGUCCCUCCACUUUGACCAUAUAAUUCUUCCACCUCCAAGAGCAGGAGAGUUUUUAAACAUGGUAGGGCUCAUCCUCAAGCUGGUAUAACCUGAUAGAUGCACCAGUUUAUACCUCCUGAGGAUCUGACCUGUCAAUGCAGCCUUAUCACUGGAUUUACACUGUGUAGCUUCCUUAACUCAUCUUUGGGAGAAGGGGUAAAGACAUUUUUGGUUUUGCAAUGAUUUUGUACAGUCUUGAAUGUUAUCUAUGCAUAAUAGAACAGACCUUUUUGAAAACUAAGCCAUAGUACCCUGGAACAACUAAACAAUUUUGUGAAUUGACAUAAGAUAUUUUGUAAUUGUCUGUAAAAAGUGUUAAUGUCAGAGCUGUUUCUUGGUUGUCCUAUAUUUAUAUCUAAAAGCACUUUUGUGAUAUGGAUUUUUGAAUGUGGAUCUUCCUUUUUUGUCCACCAUUUAUUUAUUACACAUCCAUAAAUAAAAUUGUGGUGUAUCUUUGGUUUUCA